AUGGAGGUUCUCACAGCCUUAUUGAAUAAGUCAAAAGCGCUUGGUGAGUUUCGCGGUUUUAAGAUCAAAGGCAAUAAGGAGGUGGAUUUGUUACAAUUUGCGGAUGACACUUUAAUUAUUGCCGAGUGUAAUUUGGCAAACUUGUGGAGUUUGAAAUCAAUCUUUAGAGGCUUUGAGUUGAUGUCGGGCUCGAGGAUAAGUUUUCAUAAGAGUAAUUUAUAUGGGUUAAAUGCCGGAGAUUGGUUCUUGGAAGCCGCUUCAAGUUUUCUUUCUUGUAAAGUGGGGUCUUUACCCUUCAAAUUUCUUGGUGUUAGGGUCGGUGACAACCCUAUGAAGCUAUCCAUGUGGAGAGACUUUAUUUUAAUGUUAAAAGAUAGAUUAUCGGUUUGGAGAGGAGUGCACCUUAGUAUAGCCGGUAGAGUGGUUUUGAUUAAUUUGGUUAUUAAUGCAAUACCGAUUUAUUCGCUUUUCUUUUACAAGGCUCCUAAAAAGGUUUUGAAUGAGGUUUGUUCGAUUCAACGCAAGUUUCUUUGGGGAGGUGGAGAUCUAAAAAUAUCAAUUAAUUGGGUGUGUUGGGAUACGGUGUGUAAGUCCCGGGAAGAGGGUGGUUUAGGGGUUAAAAAUGUGGAGAUCAUGAAUGUGGCUUUGAUAAGUAAAUGGAAAUGGAGAAUUCUUACGGAUAAAGAAGCGGUUUGCAACCAUUUGCAAACUAUUAAUUCUGUUGGUUUUUUUGAAAGUGAUUGCUGGAAGUGGAAGUUGGCCAAUUUAUUCGCGGCUGGGAGUGAAGCAGGGGAAGUGGCGGUGAAUGGUAUUGGAGAAAUAGCGGCUGAUGCUGGUAGUGAGGCAAUGAUGGAGCGCGAGACAAUAGCUAUGUCUGGAGACAUUCCCGCGACAGAUUCUGCUAGGCGGAUCCUGCUGCCGGUUUUUCAAGAGCUGCUGCCUAUCCUUUAG